AUGACUAUUCUUCCAGCAACAUACAUCGGAAGCCCUCGGCAUAUGCACGAAUAUGCUCAAGAUGCCAUGUCGUAUGUUCGUCAUUAUGGUACAGCAGAUUUGUUCAUCACAUUUACAUGCAAUCCGCAAUGGAUAGAAAUCAAUCAGGAGUUAUUCUCUGGGCAAUCACCCAUUGAUCGUCAUGAUAUUACAGCCAGAGUCUUUAGACAAAAGUUGAAAUCUUUAAUGGAUUUCAUCGUAAAACAUAAUGUGUUUGGUGAGACACGCUGCUGGAUGUAUUCUGUGGAGUGGCAGAAACGAGGAUUGCCACAUGCACACAUUUUGAUUUGGUUGGUUGAAAAUAUAAGGCCAAAUGAAGUUGAUGCAGUGAUAUCAGCUGAAAUCCCUAAUGUACAAGUAGAUCCUGGAUUGCAUGAGGUAGUUAUCAAAAACAUGAUACAUGGUCCCUGUGGAACUCUUAAUCAAAAUUCACCGUGUAUGAUGGAUGGUAAAUGUUCAAAACCAAUUUCAAAUUUUUCGUCCAACCGUCACCCUGGUGAUAGGGCGUUGUGA